ACGGAAGGUCGAAUAUGUAUUCCACUUUCUCUCUCGAUCCAGCACUGUUCGCGCCCGCUAGCGAACGCAGUUACCACCGUCAGUAAGCAGAGUGAACAUGGAGCCGAUCGCACACCUCGUGAAAGUGUCUGUUCCGAACUACCUUGCUGGCCUACCGAUCCCCGAAUCGAUAGGCGGCUGGUUUCGUUUGGGAGUAAAGGACUGGCUCGCUCUGGUGCCGCCCACCGCCGCCCUUGCCGGACUCGGAUACAUGUCCUAUCGAGCAUUUUGUCCGCAUGCUAGGCCUGCGCCAUGUGGAUUGGUGAACCUGAAACUGAAGAAAGAUGUGGCUAAAGUAGUGGAUACAAUCGACAUCGAGGACAUCUCUGAGAAGGCCGUAUUCUGCCGCUGUUGGAGAUCUGAAAACUUUCCAUACUGUGACGGUAGCCACGGACGUCACAAUAAGGAGCACAACGAUAAUGUAGGCCCGCUCGUCAUCACAGACAACGCAGGAGAUUAAUAAGAAAGCCAGCUGAUAUUGAUCGUUUGCUACGAUCGCUGUAAGAUAGCUACUUGUGCGCUGAGAUAAAGAUAAACAAAUAAACAAAAAAUGCAGGAGACAUUUUUACUCUAUUGUACAGUAUGAAAACGAAUCAAUUUGUAGGGAAUAAUUCAAUUUUACAUUAUAUUAAUUUUGUAUUUUGCAACUGUUAAUUAGCACUUGAUAUUUAUUCUUAUAUUUUAGUUUAUAUUUAGCACAAAGCUAUAUAUUAGCUUAUAUUUUCAGAAGCGACAACAUUAGUUUUGAAAAUAUAUAUUUUUCAAUUAUAGGUAGAUGGCAGUUGUAAUUCGAUGAAGAUUCGAUCGCUUUUAUUACAUUAUCAUAUAUAUUUUGAUUUAAAAUAUUUUAACGAAAAAUCAUAUUAAUUAACACGUUCGAUACAAAAGGUUGUAUGUACUCACCCUGUAUAAAUGCAAGUUCCUAUAUAAUAUUGAUUCUUCAAAGAAGACGGCACCUACGAAGACAAUAUAAAUACACGUGAAAAUUAUAAAUAUUAUAAUUAUUCACUUUCAAGUGUUAAAAGCGUUAAAAGUUUAUAUAACAAAAUAAGAAUUAUUACCCUUCAGAUUAUUCAUUUGUCACACUGUACGUUGUAGAUAUAUCUCGUCUUUUUAUUUUUUAAGCUGUGGUUACGAAGAAGUUUUUAAAUAAAUUUAUUCUAUACUUGGUGAUCUUACUUGAUAUUUAAUAUUUUACCUGAAAAUGUUUACCUUUUAAGGUUCAGUUGAAUGUAUCAAUAAACAGUUCUAUUUCAAAUAUCAGAGAUACUA